AUGAACAACUUGUUCAUUCUUUUACUCAAAUUUCUGCUUUUUGAGUUUACCAUUGGAAGAGAAUGCGAGUUUGGGCAGUGUGCAGAUGUUUCUUCGAACUAUAUUGCAGAUGUCUAUGAAGACAUCAAACGGGAAUUUACUUCUCAAGUGUAUAUUCAAACAAAUAGCGAUUAUGAAUUGGCCAGAAAUUACAGUAUUGCGGCAUUGACGGCCGUGCGAUUGACAAAAAAGUCCGGGAAAACCGGCGGAAAGCUUCCCAAAUCGCUAUGUCCCCUGAAAAAAUAUCGAUGCGCUUAUGGAAAAUAUCGGCACGUUAAUGGGCGGUGCACAAAUGUUUGGUGGCCGUUGGCCGGAGCCACAAUGACGCAGUUUUCACGACGAAUUCAUGCCAAUUACGAGGAUGAUAUUGGCGCUCCGCGAUUUGUGGGCCGCGGCGGCGGACCACUUCCUUCGGCGAGCUUCGUCGACGAGAAUCUACCGAAAGCGAGACGGGGUCCGCCAAUUCCGUUGACUCAGACAUUCGUCGAUUUCGCCGAGCUCAUUUAUCAGGAUUUGGUGCGUUUGGCGCAUUUUCAAGAAAAGCUGACAUGCUGCAACACGGAGAGCUCUGAAUGCCUAGCAUUGUCAAAUUUGGACUGCUACGUUCGAUCUGCUCCAGCUCCAACUGCGAAGUGCGAGUUUGGACGACGGGAGCAAAUGAAUCUGGCGACAUCGUUUCUGGACGCCGGUCCGGUUUAUCAAAGUGGCAAGCAUUUGAAGACAGGCAAAUUCACGACCCAUUUCACGUCGGACCAUCAAAACCCGCUGGUGUCUUUGUUCGAAGCCGAACAUAAUUAUAUAUACGAUAAAUUGAAGAAGCUUUAUCCUCAUCACUCUCAACAGACGAUACUGGAAGAAGCUCGCAAAUUUGUGAUCGCUGAACUCCAAUUCAUCACUUAUCACGAGUUCUUGCCGAUUCUUAUUGGCGACGACACGAUGGCUCGCUACGAUCUCGACAAGGCGAUGUGUAGCGGCGGCAUGUGCGAGAACCUCAAUCCGAACACGCUGAAUGAGUUCGCCGCCGCCGUCGGAUUGUUCUUCAAAUUCAUGGACGACGACGACGAGAAGAAGAUUGGCGACUCGUCGACGAUCCGACGGCCGUUCAUCUAUCGCCAAUCGCGUUCGUCGUCGGCGAAAUCGCUGCUCGCCGAGAUUGUCAUGCUCGGAAGGGAUCACGGAUUGGCGACAUACGCGCAAUGGCGGGAGGAAUGCGGUGGCGGAGAGCUCGAGACCUUUGACCAACUCGGCGAGGUGAUCGACGCCGAAAUUCUCGACGCGUCAUCGCGAAUGUUCGGUGAUGUUCGCGACGUCGAUCUAUUCCUGUUCGGAUUAUCCGAAUAUCCCGUUUACGGAUCGCUCGUCGGACCCACGUUUGGAUGCAUUCUGGCGUUGCAAUUCCAAAAAACGAAAUUUGGCGAUCCCUAUUGGUAUGAGAACGUGCUGACAUCGGAUCAACUCGACGAGAUUCGAAAAUCCUCGAUUUCGAGCCUAUUGUGUAGGCACGCAAAAGUUGAAAACGCCCAAACCAAUGGGUUCAUCGUGCCGGACGCGUUCACGAACAUUCCAAUAAAAUGCAAUUCAACGGAAUUCCCGACGAUCGAUUUGAGCAAAUGGAUGGAAUCGGAGAGUUUGCGAGAGCCCAUCGAGACGAAAUUCGACGAGCUUCUCGGAAUUUGCAUCGAAAAAGUCAAUGAGGAGCGAUUGCGUCGAAGCAAUCCCGACAAUUUUCAGCACGGAUUAUUCAAUUCGGCGUCGAUCGGCAAAUAUGCGAAAAUGAUGUUGGCGAAAGAUGAAGCCGUCAUUGAGGCGAACAUCAGCUUCAUUCUUCUUGAGGCGACCCACAAAUUGAUCAACGAGCGUCAAUUGAAUCUCGCCGACAUUCAAGGCAUUCACGUUGGCGACGAUUUUCGAAGUCGAAGCAUCGAGAAUUGUAAUCCGAAGCCGCUUCCGUGCGAUCCGACGAAUCCCUACCGCACCUAUACGGGAUGGUGCAACAAUUUGAAGAAUCCUGGAGCGGCGAACACGUUCGCUGAAUUGAAGCGACUCCUUCAACCGGCUUAUGAUGAUGGGAUCAGUGCGCCUCGAUCAAAAUCGGUGAGCGGCGGUCGUCUAUCAUCGCCGAGAAUCAUCUCAAACGCGGUUCAUUCAGCAGCUCCCAUUGAAAAUGUCAAGUACACCCAUUUGCUAAUGGAGUUUGGGCAGUUCAUCGAUCACGACAUCACGCAUUCGCCAGUUGAUCAGAAUGCCGAUGGAACGCCGCUGAAUUGCUCGAGUUGCGAUGCGUCGCUGACGGUGUCGCCGUCGUGCUAUCCGAUACCGGUGCCGGAAUCGGAUCGCUAUUUUCCGUCGUCCGAAUGCCUAUCGUUUGUGCGAAGCCUUCCCGCCCAGAAGACGUUGGGCUAUCGGAAUCAGAUGAAUCAGAUCACUGCUUAUCUUGAUGGCUCGGUGAUGUAUGGAUCGACGCAAUGCGAAGGCGAUCGCCUACGCACGUUUACCGAUGGGAAGCUGAAGGUGACGAGAUUGGGAAAGCAAUCGCAUUAUGGCAUCACGCUGAGCCAAUCGGAUGACUCCGAACAGGACGGAUGUGUCUCAUCGCCCAACUAUCCAUGCUUCAUAGCAGGCGAUGAUCGAAACUCGCAGCAGACGUUGCUCAUCGCGGUGCACUCGAUAUUCCAUCGCGAGCACGAUCGCGUCAGCACGAUUCUCAAGAAUCUCAAUGAGAAAUGGGACGAUGAGCGCAUCUAUCAGGAGACACGAAAGCUGAUAUCAGCCGAAUUCGCGCACGUCGUCUACAAUCAAUAUUUGCCAAUAAUCGUCGGCCAGAAUAUGAUGGACGAGUACGAGUUGAGACCGCUCAAAAAUGGCUAUUUCGAUGGUUAUGAGGAAUGCGAUGCGUCGAUAUUGCAGCCGUUCGCCGCCGCCGCGUUUCGAUUCGGCCAUUCGACGGUCACCAGAUAUACGCCAAUGCAAUUCUCGCCUGACGAGCCGAUUGAGAAGGUUGUCGAUUUGGCGUCGGAAUUUUUGAAUAUGUCCAAAAUUUAUGAUUAUCACGGUGUUGAUGAGAUUCUUGGCGGAAUGCGAACUCAGCGGCAAAUGGCGACCGAUCGCUAUGUCGAUGAUUCGGUGAGAAAUUUUCUGUUUUCGGAUCGCGGCAAAAUCGGAACCGGUCUUGAUUUGAUAUCGAUCAAUAUUCAACGAGGAAGGGAUCACGCAAUUCAGCCGUACAAUCAAUAUCGCGAGUGGUGCGGUUUGCCGAAGCUCACCUCGUUCCAUUCGGUGUUCUCCGACAUCGAGCCGAAUGGUCUUGAGGCGAUUUCGCGCGUCUACGACUCGCCGGACGACAUUGAUCUCUUCACGGGAAUCGUGUCGGAGAAGACGGUGGCGGGCGGAAUUGUUGGUCCGACGGCGGCAUGUCUCAUCGCGGAGCAAUUCAGGCGGCUGAAGAAGUGCGAUCGAUUCUACUAUGAGAAUGGCAAUGAGUACACGAGAUUCACGAAAGACCAACUCCAAGAGAUUCGAAAAGUGUCGCUGAGUUCGCUGAUUUGCGCCAACUCGAAACUCGAAGCGGUCUCGCGAGACGUCUUCUCAGUGCCCGAUCAAUUUUUAAACGCGCUCAUCGAUUGCAAAUUGUUCGAACAAAUCGAUUUUACGAAAUGGAAAGAUGAUGACUAUUGUAGCUAUAAGCGGACGAGAAUUGCGCGACAUUCGACGAAGGCGGUCUCGCCGUGCUCAUCGUGUACGUGCACACGGUACGGUUUGAAGUGCUACUCGGUGGCGCCGGAUUGUGCGCGACUAUUCAAGUCGCAUAGUAAAGAGGAGAUUCUAGAGGACACGAUUUGCUAUAUGCAGUGCGCUUAUUAUAGCAGAAGCUAA